AACAUUCGGCAAAUAAUAAGAAAAACCAACAAGAAAAUCGUCGGGCAGGGCAGGCGGCAUUUAUAAUUUAUUAAAUUUGUAUAUAUAAUUAAGAAAACGUACAGCAUUCUUAUGAGUAUGGCUGACGGCGACAAUGCAGUCCCGAUUAGUGGAGAAGCGAAGCCAACGGCCGGAAUGCAGAUCAUACCGGGAGAGCUGGUGGCGUCAAUUGAGGAAAUCGUGAUGAUUGAUCCCGAGUGCUAUGAACUGGAUCUGAAUCAUCGUCGUAUCGAUAAGCUCGAAAAUUUCGAGCCGUUGAAACAGAUCGAACGAUUGUAUCUGCGAUGGAACCUCAUCAAAAAGAUCGAAAACCUGGACAUGCUAAAAACCCUGGUGGAGCUGGAACUGUAUGAUAACCAGAUCACAAAAAUUGAGAAUCUAGAUAAGUUAGUCAACCUGGAAAUACUCGACCUCAGCUUCAAUCGUCUGACCAAAAUCGAGAAUUUGGACAAACUGGUAAAACUAGAGAAACUCUACUUUGUGGCCAACAAACUAACUGUCAUCGAGAACUUGGGUAUGUUGACCAAUCUGACAAUGCUGGAGCUGGGCGACAACAAGCUGAAGAAAAUUGAGAACAUCGAGACAUUGGUAAAUCUGCGUCAGCUAUUUCUGGGCAAGAACAAAAUCGCAAAGAUUGAAAAUCUAGAUACGCUAGUCAACCUGGAGAUACUGAGUCUGCAGGCAAAUCGUAUUGUCAAGAUCGAGAAUUUGGAGAAGCUGACCAAUCUGAAGGAGCUGUACAUAUCAGAAAAUGGCAUCGAGACCAUUGAGAAUCUGUCCGAGAACAAGUGUCUGGACACACUCGACUUAGCUAAAAACAGAUUGAAGGUUAUUGCCAACCUGGAGGCGCUGCAGCAGCUCGAAGAGCUCUGGUUAAACGACAAUGGGAUCGACAACUGGAAAAAUCUCGAGGUACUGAAGGUCAACAAAGCCUUGCAGACGAUCUACCUGGAACAUAAUCCCGUGGCCACAGAUGUCCGCUAUCGCUCCAAGCUACGCGACAUUCUGCCCCAGUUACAGAAAAUAGAUGCCACCCUCUGCGUGCUGCCGGGCCAACAUGCGUAACGUCCUGGCACAUG